UACAUGCUUCCCUUAGGCAGUAUUAUUAGACGGUAUUGCUUAAAUUUUCAUUGUUACGCAGAUGAUACCCAGCUUUAUCUAUCCAUGAAGCCAGAGGAUACACACCAAUUAGCUAAACUGCAGGAUUGUCUUACAGACAUAAAGACAUGGAUGACCUCUAAUUUCCUGCUUUUAAACUCAGAUAAAACUGAAGUUAUUGUACUUGGCCCCACAAAUCUUAGAAGCAUGGUGUCUAACCAGAUCGUUACUCUGGAUGGCAUUUCCCUGAUCUCUAGUAAUACUGUGAGAAAUCUUGGAGUCAUUUUUGAUCAGGAUAUGUCAUUCAAAGCGCAUAUUAAACAAAUAUGUAGGACUGCCUUUUUGCAUUUACGCAAUAUCUCUAAAAUCAGAAAGGUCUUGUCUCAGAGUGAUGCUGAAAAACUAAUUCAUGCAUUUAUUUCCUCUAGGCUGGACUAUUGUAAUUCAUUAUUAUCAGGUUGUCCUAAAAGUUCCCUAAAAAGCCUUCAGUUGGUUCAGAAUGCUGCAGCUAGAGUACUGACGGGGACUAGCAGGAGAGAGCAUAUCUCACCCGUGUUGGCCUCUCUUCAUUGGCUUCCUAUUAAUUCUAGAAUAGAAUUUAAAAUUCUUCUUCUUACUUAUAAGGUUUUGAAUAAUCAGGUCCCAUCUUAUCUUAGGGACCUCGUAGUACCAUAUUACCCCAUUAGAGCGCUUCGCUCUCAGACUGCGGGCUUACUUGUAGUUCCUAGGGUUUGUAAGAGUAGAAUGGGAGGCAGAGCCUUCAACUUUCAGGCUCCUCUCCUGUGGAACCAGCUCCCAAUUCAGAUCAGGGAGACAGAUACCCUCUCUACUUUUAAGAUUAGGCUUAAAACUUUCCUUUUCGCUAAGGCUUAUAGUUAG